CGAAAUCCGUAUAGUUUCAAUUCAGGCUAACAUUUGUUACAGAAACUUAAAAAUGAAAGUCCUCAUAGUUCUUUCGGCUAUGGUCGCAUUGAGCAUGGGUAUUGCCUUCUACAAAACUGGCAAUGAUCAUUUGAACAUAGAUAAGUUGAUGAAGGACCCGGUUAUUGUUAAGGGCUAUAUGGACUGCUAUUUGGGUCGCGCUCCCUGCUCCCCUCUCGCACAGAGCUACAAAAACAUCUUAGCAGAUUCUUUGAGGACGUCAUGCAAGAGAUGCAGCAGCCUCCAAAAACAUCUCUGGAGCAGAUUCUUGUGGAACCUAAGAACUAGAUACCCUAAGUAUUAUAGCUUGUUCCAGAAGAAAUACGAUCCCAGCAACCACUACAUACCUGCUCUUCAGAAGAUUAUUGGCUCUUACUAAACAUUGUAAGCAUGAACA